AUGGCGAAUGGCGUCGCGCUUACCGCCAUACCGUGCGGCAUCUCUCCCUCGCUUUCGACCCGCUCCAGCUCCGCUGGAGACCCGUGCUUCGCGGCACCGAACGCGCUGGCGGAUCGGGCAACGCCGUCGCGAGCAGUGGCGCCAGGGGUGGCGGAACGCUCGGCAGCUGCAGUCAUGCGGCAUGGCAAACUAGCGGAAAGGCUCAACCCAACGAGGCGCGGGAUCAAAUUCCGACGAACAGCAACUGCUGCCAUGAAAUCGACGAGUGGGAUCCGUCGUCGUCCGCUCUUUGGCGUCGCCAGCAGGUGGUGGUUUGCGCGGCGGGUGCUGCAGCUGGAGCGGGACGCGGGGCACGAGUGCCACCCCACGAGAGAGGAGCUGCGGGUGGGGUACCAUUGCAUGGCCGAGCACGACCAAUGGCUGCACGUGAAUGGAAACUGCUGGCAUGCUGACAUGCCGUCUGCGCAGCAGGUGGCCGAUCUGCUGCUGCAGUUCCCGAACCUUGCGUCUGUGCGCGUGCCACUGCGUGGUGACGUGGCUUUGGGCCCUGGUGACGUCAGGAUGGUGCUGGACGCGGUGGUGGGGCUGGGGGCGCUGAGGAGCUGCCACGUGCAGGCUGACGUGGCGGGAUGGGUGGAGCGGGAAAAGCGAUGUGGGCAGCGGGAUGACGAGGCGGAGGAGGAAGACAAGAAAGGGAUAGCACGAGAGCGAGAAAGGCGGUGGGCUGAAGAGGAUGGGUGGCUGGGAGGGGGGUUCCCAGAUCUGUUUCUCGGGCUCGAGUCUCGACUACAGAAGCUAACGCUGCUGCACACUCCUGGUGGCAGUGGCGAUGGCGAUAGGUCUGCUUGGCGUCUGUCGCAGCUGCAGGAGCUGGAGACCCCGUUGAGAGUGCCGUUUGAUGAUGAUUACGAGGAGUAUGAGAAGGGGCGAGGCGUGUGGAGCCAUUAUCUAGGGCUCACAGAGGAGGGCGAGGGAGACCGAUUCUCGUUCCCAAACCUCCGAGAGAUGAUUCUCACCAAGUGCUGGGGGGGUGCUAUGGAGAUUGACAUGGGUCCCCUGCCGAGCCUCACGCACCUGUCGGUGUUUUGGUCCGUGCGACUGCAUGGGAUCGACCAGGGAUGGUACUCUAAUCUCCGCUUCUUGCAUCUGUAUCAGCCGCUCCCGGAUUGCCACUGGGAAGGGAAGCCAGAGGGGGAGCUAGGCUCGCGGAAUUUCUUCUCCCUUUUGCCGAAGCUCCACACGCUAGUGGUCGAUAACUGCUGCCAGGUGGGCGGCAGGGAGAUGCUCGCGUCCCUGUCAGCGCUGACUCAGCUGCACACGCUGCGCCUCUCCAUGAUCCGGAAUGACAUGUGGACAUUAACGUCUCGCACCGAGGUCCCUUGGUGGGCCUGGGACCACGGUCUUGAGGCCUACUACCGGAACACUCAAGUGAGCCACUUAAAGCCCGUGAUUGCCUGCCCGGCGUCCCUCCGCGUGCUGCAGAUCACCAAGUGCGACCUGCCGUUCCUCCCAGACUCCCUCGCCUCUGCCACCGCAUUGACUGAGUUGACUCUGCACCACUGGACUAGCCUCCAAACAUUGCCAUCCUUCCUCGCCUCCUUUACUGAAUUGAGGAGGAUUCGGGUGACUGUGUGUGGUGAGAAUAAGCCGAGUGCGCCGCCCGGCUUGCUUCCCCUGUUGAAGGAUAGGAACUGGCUCCAUGCUGUGGACUGUGAUGGCUGUAGGGAUCUGCACAAGCGUGAGCCGUGCCGUGAAUGA